UUUACCGAAUGUAAAGCUCCCUCUAUUAUUCCCAACGGCGAAGUUGUACGCGAGGCGCUUUCAAUUCCCUUCUAUUAGUCCUGGCUGUUCAAUGCCCGCGACUCAGAAUUGUUUGCAUACCGCAAAUCCUCCUCUCAGUAGUAUGACGAAAAAGUGCAAAUGCACAACAAGUGAAUCUAGUGAAUUGUCCGAAAUGACGUGACACACAGAACGUCUGCGCUCACCACAAAGAGCUGUCGCAGUUUACUUGUAACGUCAAGUGUUUAUCGUCGUGCGUGAUCUCCGUGCGAUCAAACUUUCAUCGUCAAAAUGACGGAUAAAAUAUUUGAAAAAACAAAUCCCCAUAUUUUCAAUGGCAAUCUUGAAUCCUGGAUGACACAUCUCCCGCCAGUUUUGAAAAAUCUCCCUAUAAUCCAACUCGCCAUACCCGGUUCUCACAACACGAUGACAUACGGGAUAAAACGUAGCAACGACGUUGGUCCGGACAAGCCAAAGUGGCUGCGGGUGCUCAGUCGUUUUUUCUCCUUCAUUUCGAAGCCAAUUAUUUACAACUGGUCGGUGACUCAAUACGAGGAUGUGACGAUACAAUUAAACGGUGGAAUAAGGUACCUCGAUCUGCGGCUGGCCACGAAAUCAUCGAACAACGAAUCGAUAUACUUCGUGCACGGGCUUUACGGUUCGGAGGUCACAGAACCGUUGGAGUCGGUCGAUCAUUGGCUGACGGCGCAUCCCGAGGAGGUCGUGCUUCUCGACUGUCAACAUUUUUACGAAUUCACGAAGGAAAAUCACCGUUAUUUCGUUGAUAAAAUAAAACGUAUAUUCGGCAACAAAAUAUGUCCGGCUACGCGAAAUCUCGUUGAUAUCAGUUUGUCAUGGUUGAAUGAAAGGAAAUAUCAAGUUUUAGUGAUAUACAGAAACGAAAUAGCGGCUGGGGAAAAGCACGUUUGGCCGAGCGGUUUGUGGCCGACGCCAUGGCCAGAUACGGUCGAUCCGGACAAAAUGCUUCAAUUUCUCGAGCUUAGAAUUCGAAAUCGCACCCCCAACGUUGGCUUCGUCUCGCAAUGUCUUUUAACCCCCAACUCAGCUUACGUCGUCAAACAUUUGUGGGGAAGUUUGUACAGAGACUUAGCCACUUUGUGUCGGAACGCGUCACUGCCUUGGAUUCGUCAACACAAACCUGGAAUCCUUGGACUCAACGUCGUUAUCACAGAUUUUAUUGCUUACGAUAAUUAUCUGUUCUCACGGACGGUAAUUCAACGUAAUAACGAGCUGCUCAGGACUCCGCAAACAGCUCAUUCCCCUUAACACUCAUUUCCUUUUCAAAUUCAAUUAUGAGAAAUUCUAUUUUAUACAAAUUUUUAUAACAAUACGAAAAUAGUUAUAAAAAACGAAAAACUUUCGAAUGUUGCUUAAUAGAAAUUAACGAAAUGAUGCUAUUUGAGGAUCUUUACAAUUGACAAUAAAUCAUUGGAAGAAACAUUUGAAAUGUGAAUUGCCCAAAACCGUCGGAGCUCAGUCGUUGAAUAAGUGGAAACAACAUUUUUUCCUCUGUAAAUUAUUUAUUCUACUGUCGAUCUUCGCUGAUCCCAGAAAUUGAAUCUCUGGAAGGAUUUGCACUUACCAACUGAGCGAUUAUUCGAGUCGUUUUGAUUAUUUUUUAUUUCACGCUCUUUAAAGAACGUUUCUGUUGAGUAGGAGUUAUUGAAGUUUUUUUGUUGUCAAAACCAUGGUCACAAAACUCGUUUUUUAACAAAUUUAUACUCAAAAUCUAUAAGGUUGCAUAUACUGCGAAAUAAUGUAAUUUUCUACAACGCUAUGAAGCUGUGUUAAAAAUUGUUAGCCCAGUUGUCAAGUUGGGCAUGGUUCUGUCACAAAGCUCAUUCUGUAUAUGCACUAAUUACAAAAAUGAUUAAUAAAGUUUCACACAAAAUGUU